CCCCAGCGCGCCUCACGUUGCAUGGGUGCCCGGUUAUUGAUAAGACGAAUUCGGCCGCUGGGAUCCAUCCCAGUAACGUGGAACUCGUGGAUGAGAAGAACUCGACACACAGGAAGGCAACACGGAGGGAAGACGGAACAACGAAUGUGUCAUUAUCACGGACAAACAGAGAGCAGAGUAGCCCACCCCUCACUUGACAACGCGGCAUCAUUAUCACCAUCCAGGCAGAAAGGUUUACUUAUCAUCUCUCCAUCCUCCAUCCACCCUAACCUGCCGUGUUGGGGAAACCCCUGAUGAGUGGGACCUGUAUCCAUGAGCCCCGUGCCCCUUCCCCCUCCCUGUCAGGCUUCAGCACCCCCAUCUCAGAGCCCCCCUAUCGAAGACUGGAUGGAGACACUCCCGCCUGCACCCCGGAAACGGACCUGACCCCCACACAGUGUGUCCUCCGUAACGUGCUGUCCAUCGACACUGGCGGACCGGGGGCGCCUGGUGGAAGCAGCCCCACCCCCAGUGAUGGACCCUCAGCCCACUUUGACAACAGCGUGCUAAAACUGCAUGAACAUGAGGUCUGCCAGUGUGGUGGUGGGGCCGAGGCAGGGCACAGUCCAGAGGCCGGUGCCGUCCGCAGCCAGUCGGAGAACAUCCGGCUGCAGUCGGGAAGUGGAGGGUUUUUGGAAGGACUCUUUGGCUGCCUAAAACCAGUCUGGACCAUGAUUGGAAAAGCCUACUCCACUGAACACAAGCAUAGCCAAGAAGAGUCCUGGGAGGUUCCUUUUGAGGAAAUCUCCGACCUGCAGUGGGUGGGCAGCGGGGCGCAGGGGGCCGUCUUCCUCGGAAAGUUCCACGGAGAAGAUGUGGCUGUAAAGAAGGUUCGGGACAUCAAAGAGACAGAGAUCAAACACCUCCGCAAACUCAAGCACCCCAACAUCAUAACUUUCAAGGGCGUGUGCACCCAGGCUCCUUGUUAUUGUAUCUUGAUGGAAUAUUGUGCCCAAGGCCAACUGUAUGAGGUGCUGAGGGCAGGUCGUAAAAUCACCCCUUCCCUCCUGGUCGACUGGUCCAUGGGCAUCGCAGGUGGCAUGAACUACCUUCAUCUCCAUAAAAUCAUCCACAGAGACCUCAAGUCCCCAAACAUGCUAAUUACACACGAUGACCUCGUAAAGAUCUCUGACUUUGGCACCUCAAAGGAGCUCAGUGACAAGAGCACAAAGAUGUCCUUUGCCGGCACCGUAGCCUGGAUGGCUCCUGAAGUGAUUCGGAAUGAGCCAGUGUCAGAGAAAGUGGACAUCUGGUCCUUUGGAGUGGUGCUGUGGGAGAUGCUCACUGGAGAGAUCCCUUACAAAGAUGUGGACUCAUCUGCCAUCAUCUGGGGUGUGGGAAAUAACAGUCUUCAACUGCCCAUACCCGAGAGCUGCCCCGAUGGCUUCAAGAUCCUCCUCAGACAGUGCUGGAACUGUAAGCCAAGGAAUCGGCCAUCUUUCCGACAGAUCCUUCUCCAUCUGGAUAUAGCGUCAGCUGAUGUCCUGUCCACUCCACAGGAGACGUACUUCAAGUCUCAGGCUGAAUGGAGAGAGGAGGUGAAGCAGCACUUUGAGAAGAUCAAAUCUGAGGGAACUUGUAUCCACCGACUCGAUGAGGAACUGAUCAACCGACGCAGGGAGGAGCUCAGGCACGCACUGGACAUCCGUGAGCACUAUGAGAGGAAACUGGAGAGGGCCAACAACCUUUACAUGGAGCUGAGCGCUGUCAUGCUGCAGCUGGAGCUCAAAGAGAAAGAGCUGCAGAGGAGGGAGCAGUCUUUGGAUAAGAAGUAUCCGGGCUUGUUCAAGCACCACAGUUCCAGACAGAGCAGCUCCUCCAACUCCAUGGACAAACUCAUCAAGAAGAGAAACGUCCCACAGAAACUGCCUUCAGGAAAGAGGCCAGACAUCCUCAAGUCUGAGGUAAUCAUUCCAAAAAUGGACUCCUCUGUAAUGCAAGUCACCAUCCCAGCCUGCCCCAACAGAAGCUCCACUUCUCCCAACCGGUCUCGGAGGGUUAAGACCCGUCACCGCAAGCCUGGGAAGGGCAGCAGUGGGGAUCUGGCCGGACUUAAGGCGAAUCAGUCCUCCCCUAACAGGGACUCAACUACCCAGGCUAACUACUCCACCACUAACACCUCUAAGCAGCUGCUGGAGCCGUCUGCUGCUCUGCGGAGCCUCAGCCACGAGCAGCAGCAGAGGCAGCUCUCCUCCUCCAGCCCUGACCUCAUCUGUACCACACUGGAGGCAGAGGCCCAGGGGAAAGGAGAGUCCACGGUCGGUGGGCUGGAGAGAGGGGGGAGCCUGAGUGCUUCUGCGGGGUUAGGCGGGUCAGAGGCCGGUGCGGCCGGCAUCGAUGACUUCACAGAAACUCCUCCACGCAGCGACACUCCCAGCGAGGACGCUGCGUCGUUCCCCUUCUCAAGCAGCCCAGACUCGCCAUGUGGGAGGGGGGCGGCGGCAGGACGCGGAUCUCUGGGAUCUCCACGCCUCGGUGAUGGAGAGGACAAAGAUGAAGGAGCUGGUGCUGUGAGGUUGCCCCGGGGGGCAUCAGGGGGAGUUGGGACUCAGCACCUUACACCUUCAGCCAUUCUGUACAGGGCAGCUAUCACACGCAAACAGAGGCGUGGAGUAUCGUCAGAAGAAGAGGAGGGUGAAGUUGACAGUGAGGUUGAGUUACCAAGGAGACGGCGUCCGACCAGCAUCACCAAGUGCCAGUCUGUGUCUACGUUCAGCUCAGAGAACCUGUCAGUGUCAGACGGCGAGGAGGGCCACACGACAGACCACUCUCACAGUGGCACUCCUGACGUGGUCAGCACCAACACCGACGACAGGCUGGACGAUCGCAGCGACGACCUCCUCUCUCAGGGGUCGGAGAUCCCGGCGGACAACACGGAUCCCACGCAGGCCUCUGACGGCCUGUCGGAGAGAGAUGGAGCCAUGGGCCAGACCAAAGCUCAGCAGGGCGAAGGACAGAAUCCUAAUGAGAGCCGGGCCCUGUGCGACGACUCUGACUGCGACAGCGCUGAGCUUGACCAGUCAGGUAGUGGAGAGCCCAGUCGUCCCCCCAGUGCUGGAGCCUGGGCGCCGCCAUCACAGUCCUAUCAGGGGUCUCCACAGGUGCCACAUACAGGACCACCGUAGCUCGAUCGAUCACUGGCCACGAGCAAAGACCUCAAGCUAAACCCUACAGCGAACAAUCACCACAGACGUAACACAGAGCUGUCAGUGCAGUACAUUACUGUUGUUAUGAGGGAAUCACACCCACUACACCACUCAGACUAUGACAAGUGGACUUAUGGUGUCUCAUAAGGCUGACAAACCUGCACCAGACGACAUAGGACAUUUGUCAUAACCUGGCAUUCAAUAUUUUUGGCAGCUUUAACAUCAGAUAAAUACCAUUUAAGUUCAAUAGGCAGAAAUAGUUACCCAGGUGUAACCUUAGCCACUGCUCCAGUUCAGCAAAAACUCUUUCACAGACGCACGCACAAGAAGAUACCAACACUCGUUGUCCUUUAAACACUCUAACCCUCACUCUCGGAGCGUCCUGCACGACACUCCACUCCACUAAUGCAUCAAAUACUAAUGAAUAAUAAUGUAAAUAUUCAUUACAUACCACAUGAGAAAUAUCUAACUUUAUUUUAUUUGUAAGAUAAAAACAAAACAAAUGUAAGACUAAACGAUAUGCAGCCCUGUGAACAAAUGCAUGACUACAUGUUUAUAAUUUAUGGUUUGAAUGUGUCGGUUUUAUAUUUUGUGAAAGUUUACACUUUUUUAAAAUCCUGAAAGUAUUACUUGAGUUAUUUUUGAGUUAUUGUUAAUAAUAAAUGUCAGCACUUAAGUAAGAAAAAAAAAGAUGAAAAAAUAGAAAGAAAUAAAGAAAAAGAAAAAAAAAGUCAAAAUGGAAUGAAAACCUCACCAGGACAUGAAUCAUGAUGCGUAAUUAGGGUUCUUGAUAGGUGAUAUGAUAUUUUUUUUACCCUCCGACAACUGAGUUCCACAUAUACAUGAGACACGAUGAGGUUUUUAUUAAGCCUAUCUAUUUUAAGAACACGACGGGAGACCUAAAAUGUACCGCUACCAUUUUAUACACACUCAAGUGCCAGUUUUGUUAACCACAGGAGUCUGAUACAACAGUAGUGCAAUAAAGUAUUCAUUCACAAUGGUUAUAAUGUUUUAAUUUUUACUAAAAUUGACAGGUACUGGUUCAACUGCAUGGUCAUUUUAGAAAACCUAUGCUGUUAAGCUGUGUUGCACUGCAAAAUAAAAGUGGUGUUAUUCACUCUACUGUUGAAAAUAGAUGCAAACAUGGACGAUUCUGCAUCGAUUGUAGCCACGUAACAAUGUCUGCAGGUGCUACAUGCCUGGGAUGGAACAUUUUAAUUUAAUUUAUAAAGACAUGUGUAAUUCUUUGUUAAGUGGAAGUGAAUCAAGAGCUGUCAGAAUAAUGCAACACAACAGAACCACAAACAGCAGCCUCUAAAAUGGCCACGUGAUCACAAACAUGCCUCCAGAAUAAGUUUAAAACCGGAUACUACACCGUCUUUUCACAUACGAUUUAUCGCAGCACUGUUGUAAUGGACCGUUAGCUUUAGAUGGGUGUACCUAAUAAACUGGCAACUGUGUGAAAUAGUCGGAUUCUUGUUCGUCUUGUAUUUGGAAGACAGUGAAUGUGUUUAUAGAGAAGGCCUUUGGCAUUCCACAUAUACGCCGUCUUGUUUCAAACCUGGCACCUGCAUCAGUCACAGAGUUCUCCCCAAAAAUCAACGGUGAUGGGUCAAAUAGGCGGGACUUCUACUUGAGUGAUGAACCAAAAAUGAGUUGUGUGGCUCACGACGCUGACAGGCUUCAUAAAAACCUCACCUGCACCUUUUACCCUUUAAUGUAACUGCAGAAGUAGCCGGGUAAAGAAUAGAGCACUUCUCCGUGGUGGUUACUAGUACAACAGUAAGUAUCCUUUGGGUUUGAAUAGAGAUGUUUUGUUUUUAUACAGCAUUGCACAUUGUACCUGUAACAUAGGAGUUAUAUCGAAAAGCAAAAAUAAUAUGAGCAACAAUAAAUAAUGUAUUGGUUUAAAAAAAAAAACGACAACAAAAUGUGUGUUUGUUUCAGGAGACUUGUGGCCAUGUUAUACUGUAGCUACAGUUUGUGCUGUUUGCUGCCGUCACACACACACACACACACACACACUCGCACACACACACACACACACGACAGCUGAAUGAGAAAUAAAUGACUAUUUUCAAUGACUUUAAGCAU